UAGAAAAAUCCCAUGCAAAGCUGAAGUGUUGCUACAUGUUCACGCCAUAAUUUUCCUUGUUUCCUUCUUGUAUGACUGAAACUGUCAAAUGUUACUACACAAUAGGAAAGUGACUACCAGUGUUGGUCUUUGUACUAUGGAAUUAAUGAAACAUCAUGGUCAUGCCCUCUAUUGUCUGUUUGCCUGUGUACUGCUCUACAAUUUCUUAUUCUGGAGUAAAAACCUGCUACUCUUAAAUCAAAUUGGAACCAGCCAACCCCAAUGUCUCCAGGAGAACAUUACCAUCCUUCUGUGGCACUGGCCUUUUGGAGUCCACCACAAACUAGAUGAAAAUGUGUGUUUGAACAAAUAUCGAAUCCCUGGAUGCUAUCUGGACGAUAACAAAUCCAUCUUUACUCAAGCAGAUGUUGUGGUCUUCCAUCACCAUGAACUCUGGACCGGCCGCUCCAAACUUCCUCUUCACCUCUCCCGUCCACCGAUGCAGAAGUGGCUUUGGUUAUCACUGGAGCCCCCCAUGAACAACCACAACCUCAGCAACUACAAUGGCUUGUUCAACUGGACAAUGAGCUAUCGACGUGAUGCUGACAUUUUCAUGCCAUAUGGACAGCUUCUUUCAAAAAAUGUGCCUAAUGACACAUACGUAAUUCCAAAGAAAGGAGACUGCUUAAUUUGCUGGGUGGUUAGUAAAUACAAAGCCAAUCAGAAUCGCUCUCUAGUUUUCCAGCAGCUUAAGAAACACAUUCCUUCUAAACUGAUAGAAAUAUAUGGUCACUGGCUUAAGCGUCCACUCUCAAACAAUAAGCUGCUUUCCACUAUAUCUCGAUGCUACUUCUACCUUGCCUUUGAAAACUCAAUAUCCACAGACUACAUUACUGAGAAACUGUGGAGAAACUCCCUUCAGGCAGGGAGUGUACCUGUCGUGCUUGGCCCACCCAGGGAAAUUUAUGAGCUAUCAAUUCCACCAGAGUCAUUCAUCCAUGUAAAUGACUUCAGCAGCACAAAGGCACUGGCUUCCUUCUUAAACCAAGUGGCCGCCAAUAGAACGCAUUAUGAAUCUUAUUUUAGGUGGCACCAUUACUAUAAUGUAAGAACUUACACUGACUGGAGAGAGAGACUCUGUAAUAUCUGCAUCCAUUAUCACCAGCUAUCUAAGCAUAAAAAAGUGUACAGUGACCUUUAUAGCUGGGUCAACAGAUAACAUUGCAUCUGUAAACAAGGUGAUGUGCCAUUUUUGAGUGGAGUGUUUACAGUGAAAUGUGUGUUUGCAGCAAUAUAUUUUUUCUUUCGUAAAAUCCUUCAUACAAGAGGUAGUGAUCUGCAACAUGUAGUGAGGGAGCAUAUAGAAUAUAAGGACCCACUUUAUGCACGAGUGUGUCUUCCAUCGACGAGGGUGUGCGUGUGACCUUCAUUCCAGCGCAUUUCCUAAGGGUUAGCGCCAUGAUGAUACAAUUUGAUCGUUUGCUUCAUUUGCGCUUGGGGGGCAUAGGUAUAAUUUGGGGAGGCAAAGCCCAUCCCAGCACCCCCUUUGUUCCAGCCCUGAUUUUAAUGUUAUCACAUAGUAGUUAAUGGAAUAGU